CUCUCCCUCUCUCUCUGCCUCUCCUUCCUCAGCCGAUGCACUUCUAGCUUGAUCACUGGAAGAGUGAUUGGGAGUUCUGAGUUUGAUUUCUAGGGUUUUGUUUUGGUGAUUGUGAUACCUCUUCGUCGAUCGUCGACGAGUCAUCGGCGGCUGAAAUGGCCGGCGAGAAAGCGAUCAGCUUGGAGCAGAUCAAGAACGAGACCGUCGACCUUGAACGGAUUCCCAUAGAAGAGGUGUUCGAGCAGCUGAAAUGCACCAAAGAAGGUCUAACUACGGACGAAGGAGCCAAUCGGCUCCAAAUCUUCGGUCCAAACAAGCUCGAAGAGAAAAAGGAAAGUAAGAUUCUCAAGUUCUUGGGCUUCAUGUGGAACCCCCUUUCGUGGGUCAUGGAGAUGGCUGCCAUCAUGGCCAUCGUCUUGGCCAACGGAGACCACAAGGCACCGGAUUGGCAAGACUUCAUCGGCAUCAUCGUACUCCUCGUCAUCAACUCCACUAUCAGCUUUAUGGAAGAAAAUAAUGCCGGUAACGCCGCCGCCGCACUAAUGGCCAGCCUCGCCCCGAAGACGAAGGUUCUUAGAGAUGGCCACUGGAGUGAACAGGACGCGGCAAUUCUUGUGCCAGGUGACAUAAUUAGCAUCAAACUUGGCGAUAUAAUCCCAGCUGAUGCACGUCUGCUCGAAGGGGAUCCGCUGAAGAUUGAUCAAUCCGCUUUAACUGGAGAAUCUCUCCCGGUUACCAAGAAUCCAGGAGACGAAGUGUUCUCUGGUUCAACUUGCAAGCAGGGUGAAAUAGAGGCCAUUGUCAUUGCCACUGGAGUUCAUACCUUCUUCGGAAAGGCAGCACAUCUCGUAGACAGCACGAACCAAGUUGGGCACUUCCAGAAGGUGCUGACGGCCAUUGGUAACUUCUGUAUCUGCUCCAUUGCAGUCGGCAUGGUCAUUGAGAUCAUCGUCAUGUAUCCAAUCCAGCACAGAAGAUAUAGAGAUGGUAUUGAUAAUCUAUUGGUCCUCUUGAUUGGAGGUAUCCCGAUUGCCAUGCCAACAGUCCUGUCUGUGACCAUGGCUAUUGGAUCACACAGACUAUCUGAACAAGGUGCUAUCACAAAGAGAAUGACCGCGAUAGAGGAGAUGGCUGGCAUGGAUGUCCUCUGCAGCGAUAAAACAGGGACAUUAACUCUCAACAAAUUGAGCAUCGACAAACUUCUUAUUGAGGUUUUCACAAAAGGGGUGGAUAAGGAGCAUGUGGUCCUAUUGGCAGCAAGAGCAUCAAGAACAGAGAAUCAGGAUGCUAUUGAUGCUGCCAUGGUGGGGAUGCUUGCAGACCCAAAGGAGGCGAGAGCAGGUAUUAGAGAAGUACAUUUUCUUCCCUUCAAUCCUGUGGACAAAAGAACUGCUCUCACCUAUAUUGAUGACAAUGACAAUUGGCAUCGUGUAAGUAAAGGUGCACCUGAGCAGAUUUUGAACCUUUGCAACUGCAAAGAAGAUGUCAGAACUAAGGUGCAUUCAGUAAUUGAUAAAUAUGCUGAACGUGGGCUGCGAUCACUAGCUAUUGCUAGACAGGAAGUUCCAGAGAAAUCCAAAGAGAGUGCAGGGGCACCAUGGCAAUUUGUAGGGUUGUUACCUCUUUUUGAUCCUCCAAGACAUGACAGUGCCGAAACUAUCCGCAGAGCCCUCAACCUUGGCGUUAAUGUCAAAAUGAUCACAGGUGAUCAGCUUGCUAUUGCAAAGGAGACAGGGCGGAGACUUGGUAUGGGAACAAAUAUGUAUCCUUCUUCUACUUUGCUCGGCCAAGACAAGGAUGCAUCAAUUGCUGCACUCCCUGUGGAUGAAUUGAUAGAGAAGGCUGAUGGAUUUGCAGGAGUUUUCCCAGAACACAAGUAUGAGAUUGUGAAGAAGUUGCAGGCGAGGAAGCACAUAUGUGGGAUGACAGGUGAUGGAGUGAAUGAUGCCCCUGCUUUGAAGAAGGCUGAUAUUGGUAUUGCUGUUGCCGAUGCAACAGAUGCUGCCAGAAGUGCUUCUGAUAUUGUUCUUACUGAACCUGGUCUUAGUGUCAUCAUUAGUGCUGUGCUUACUAGCAGAGCUAUUUUCCAGAGGAUGAAGAAUUAUACCAUUUAUGCUGUCUCUAUCACUAUACGGAUUGUUCUUGGUUUUAUGCUUAUUGCGCUCAUAUGGAAAUUUGACUUCUCGCCAUUCAUGGUUUUAAUUAUCGCCAUCCUAAAUGACGGUACAAUCAUGACUAUUUCGAAAGAUAGAGUGAAGCCAUCUCCAUUGCCUGACAGUUGGAAGUUGAAAGAAAUAUUUGCUACAGGAAUUGUUCUCGGCAGUUAUUUGGCACUGAUGACAGUCCUAUUCUUUUGGGCCAUGAAAAGCACCAACUUUUUCAAACAUGCAUUCGGAGUUAGAUCACUGAGGGACAGCAGUGAUGAAAUGAUGGCUGCUCUAUACCUCCAAGUCAGUAUUGUUAGUCAAGCUCUUAUAUUUGUUACACGGUCACGCAGCUGGUGCUUUCUUGAGCGCCCAGGACUCCUCCUAGUCAGUGCCUUUAUCAUUGCACAGCUUGUUGCAACCCUCAUAGCUGUCUAUGCCGACUGGGGUUUCGCUAAAAUCAAAGGUAUAGGUUGGGGAUGGGCUGGAGUUAUCUGGCUUUACAGCAUUCUUACCUUCUUCCCUCUGGAUUGGUUUAAAUUUGCCACCCGCUACAUUCUAAGUGGAAAAGCUUGGGAUAACCUUCUCAACAAUAAAAUUGCUUUCACUACUAAGAAAGAUUAUGGUAAGGAAGAAAGGGAAGCUCAAUGGGCUCUGGCACAGAGGACACUGCAUGGACUCCAACCUCCAGAAUCCACUAACCUUUUCCACGAUAACAAUGGCUACAGAGAACUAUCAGAAAUUGCUGAACAAGCCAAACGUCGAGCUGAGAUCGCAAGGCUUCGUGAACUGCACACUUUGAAGGGACAUGUUGAAUCAGUGGUGAAGCUCAAAGGUCUUGACAUUGACACAAUCCAACAACACUACACUGUAUAAUUGCCAGUACGGGAGGGCGAAGCAAAGUUAAGUCAGUCUUUUUUUAUAGGAUCUCAUGUUAGUAGCACUCAGCAGUACAAUAAGAAUUACUUGUUGGUUCAAGCUACUACUGAAUUUUCUAGUGGUAAUUGAUCAUUUCAUUUGCU